UGAGGACGUGAGUUUGCUGCUGCCAUUAUUCACUGCAUCAUUCAUUCAGCAAAAACCUGAGUACCUACCACUACCUAGUAGGCGCUGGCCGUUCAAGAACUCCCUGGCAACACUUUAAGACAGAGGAAGCACCCUGGUUACAGUGUUUCAGCACCCUGGUCUUGGUUCACCCUGGACCUUUUACUUGCAGGAGGCAGGGAGUUCUCAUGAUGGCAGUUUGAGUUGGAUUUGCUGCAACAAACAGAGCUGACCAGUGGAUGCCUCCAAUCUACUGAGACUCAAAGAAAUCCAAGUAAUUAUUCUCCCUCUAUUCCAGGAGGGAACAGCAGCCAGCCUUGGAACCUCAGGUGCAACAGAGAUGCCAGGACAUGUGAGUACCCAGCAGCUUGUGGCAGUACCGAUGAAACAAGAGAGGGCUUGGUGGAUGACAAGGAGGCCUGAGUAGACCCCAGGUGGAUCCGAGAAAUGGACUUAGGUGAGGCAGGUCUUUGAAGGAUUUGUUCUUAGUCAUGUGAGAUGCUCAAAAGCCUGGAGUCCUGCCUUUGCGGGUAAAGAGCAAGAAGAGAAACAGGUUGUACAGAUACAGAUGGAGAUGGAGAGACGGAGAAAAAGGGAAGAAGGCAGAGAAAUGCACCAAUUCUUUAGCUGUAUUAUCUCUGGACCUUGGGAUUGUGGGAGGCUUUAUUUUACUACUGAUUUGGCCUACACUGUUUUCUCAAUUUCUAGUUUUCUACAAAGAUAGUGUGUUAGCUUUUUCACGUAUUCAAAUUAAAAUUUAAAACAGACCCCACAAUAAAUAUUACUUUUAAAAGGAGAAAAGGGACGCUCCCCACGCAGCUCAGAGCCUGGCUGGCUGCAUUUCGGCUUCUUAGAUGUCAAGCCUGCUCGUGUCCCAGGGUCCCAGCCAGUGGCUUGCGCAUCCUGCCCCUUGGGCCACCAGCCUCGUUGCGGUGGAGAUAAACCUUGCUGCGCUAGACUACCGAGCCGCCGGCCAGCGGGAGAGCUGGAACCUAGCGAGUCAGCCUCUGCAACAGGCUGGGGGCGGAAGGAGGAGCCAGGGUAAGCUGCGCCUCCGCUGAGAGGCCGGGCAGACCCUGCAGAGGCCCCCUGCCCCUCUGGCUCCGCCCUCACCCAGGGCGGUAGAAAUACAGCCGCAGCCGAGACCACCGCCCUCUGCGCUCCGACCCAGUCCCAGCUGACCCACCUGCCCGCGCUCCUGCCCAUGGCUGACGGACUCUUUCAGCGCAGACCCUGGGGUCCCGAGCAGAUUCGCCCGGACCCGGAGUCCGAAGGCCUGUUUGACAAGCCUUCCUCGGAGGACCCUCCCGCUGCCCGCGCGCCCAGGUCCGCGUCGGCCGCGGGCAAGAAGGCUGGUCGGCGCGCGGGCUGGAGGGCGCAGGGGCGCCGCGCCGGGCAGCCCCCGAAGGCCGCAGCGCGCCCCCCGCCCAAGGAGGAGGCGCCUCCACUGGACGAGAGCUGCUAUCUCGACCAUUUUCCGCACCUCUCCAUCUUCAUCUACGCGGCCAUCGCCUUCUCCAUCACCUCCUGCAUCUUUACUUAUAUCCAUUUACAGCUUGCUUAAGUGGCCAGCGCGGGAUGUGGUGGUUGCAGGACCAGGUGGGGAGGGAAAGGGAAAACAGGGCUCAGCAUUUUGUGUUUUGGAACAGCGCCGCACCCCCUUCAUGUAGCUUUCCAUGCUUGUUUCUUUCCUUCUUUGUUGUCACUAUCUUUGUCAGUAGGAAGGUACAAAGUAGCUGCCGGCAAUGAAAUAAGGGUGCUAUUUGCACCUGCAGGUGAGGGGUAAUGGCGUUUAGAAUUCUGAAGUGUGACUGAACCUCAAUUAUAAUUAGGAGGAUGUCCCUGAACCCCCACUACUCUGUAACAUGGGGGCACGCGCAGGAAUCUCAUCAUUUUGUGUUUGGGAAGCUCAGAGUGCACCCAACCUUGGAUUCUUUAAGGGAUGAGCCAGACCCAGACCCGCAGCCUUCUAGUGAGGGCCCUGCUGGGAGGGUCGGCGCCCUGGCCCGGGCUGGGCCGGAGCCCUGUGAUGCUGCAUCGCCCCCAGGAGGAGCCAGCUGUGUCCCGGAGUUGGCGCAGCCGAGAGAGGACGAGAGCGUGCCCCAGGCGUAGCUGGAGCGCGGGACUCGACUUUGUUGUGGCUGCCUGGAGGAGCCGAGACUCAUAGCCGGAGGAGCUGUCUUACCAGGAGACUACGCUCUGGAAGUGUCCAGGACUCGUGGGACCUGUGGCUGCAGACCCCACCGGGACGCUGGCGCAAUCCUCAGGAUGAGACUCUGGGGGCCUUAGGGGUCCACGAGAGGGCUGUCCUUGGGGACUCUGGCCCAGAGCCCUUCUCUAGCUGUGGGACGACCCAAGACAAAAGGGCCUGAGGGAUUUGUCACUGUCAAGAGUGCGUGUGGGAAAACCACCUGACCCCUAGGGGUUUGUCAUCUUAUACUCAAAAGGCUUAAUACCAGAAACCACCUUGGCAAGCUGCUUACCCACCGGCCAUCUGUUUACUCAUGAAUGUUAAAUGUCAAAACGCAGCGCUCUAACCCUGCAUAUCCUUUACUUGCAAAUGUCUGUAAUUGUGAGCCCUCUGAUGGAAUAAAUUAUCUCUUUUUCAGCCUCCUCUA